ACUAGAAAGGCGCUAUAUAAGUACAGUCCAUUUACCAUUUAUUUACUGAUCAGAUCCAAGAUUUCCAGCUUUAGGAAAUUAAGAAAAUAGUCAUAAUUAAAUAAACGUUAAGUCGAGGGCCUCAAAAAGCAAAGAUUAGUAGAAAAUCUAUCACAAACAGACUAUAACUAUGCAGAUUUUGCCCUCCUAACACUGUGACCCCUCUCUCUUUACACCAGGAUGGAGACCUCUGCAGCCAGCAGCUAUCACUGUCACUUCAUCUGAUUCAUUAACAUCUAAACAGGACUUCAUUGCUGGACACUUGGGAGGAGCACAGAGGCAAUCCUCUUAACCCGGUAAUCUCUGUACCCAUCUGCUGGUACAGUCAUCCACCACAUCCACAGCCUCCUCUACCAGUAUGCGAUUUCCCAAUUAGUCUCUGCGAACCAGACCACAAGUGGAGAUCAUGCUGCUGUCUCCUCAGGCGGAGAAGAACUGGGAGGGUCUGUGCUCAGUGCUUGAAGAUGUGCUGGAAGACCAGUCCCACAGGAAACUUUUUGGCGUAGAGCUGGGCUCUGGAACUGGGCAGCAUGUCAUACGCUUUGCCCAGAAGAUGCCCUUUGUUACCUGGCAGCCAUCAGACAUCAAUGAAGAGUCUCUGAACAGUAUCAAGGCAUACAUUGCUGCAACCCAUGCAAAGAAUGUGCAGGAGCCUGCACACCUGGAUGCCAGUGAGCCGUGGGAGCAAUGGGCAGGCCUUCAUCGCAGCUCCUGUGAUGUUAUUAUUGCCAUUAACUUACUGCAAUACAGCUCCUUCAAAACAGCACAGGGUGUUUUUACUGGAGCAGGUCAGAUCCUCAGGGAAAAUGGCCUUUUGAUAACUUACGGGCUGUAUGCUAUUAAUGGCACCAUUACACCAAGUUGUAAUGAAGAUCUGGAUGCAGAGCUUCGAAAAAUGAAUCCAGAGUGGGGCCUUCCAGACAUGGAUGUGCUGAGACAGUUAGCCUUUGGGAACGGGAUGCGCAUGGAGAGGAUAAUUGAGAUGGAAGAAUAUUAUAAAUGCCUCAUCUUCAGGAAACUUUAGUGCACAAAGAAGAGAAACAAACUGUUUUUGCUAUACUUUCAGUUUAGUUCUAUGUUAAAGCUCUUUUAAACAAGUCACUCAACAAUGUCAUGUUAAGCCUUUACACUCGUAAUAAAAUCAAACCGACUCUAAUUGAAACAUGUAUGAUUGCGACAUGGAACACUGUAUUUACAUAAAUAAAAGUCAUCAUACAAUACAUCCCUCCUUAUUUUUUUAAAUCCUAUGAAAGGUUAUAGAAAAAAGAAAAAGAAAAAUGAAGCAAGUGGACAAUAAGAACCAGAUAUUUAUUAAAUAUAAUUCCAAAAUUACUUUAAAGUCAGACAGAUCAGUAUGAGGGAAUAAAGAAGUUCACAGAUAGCAACUGAAGGGUUACAGAAAUCAACGAUUGGGUGUGUAAUGCAUACAUGCGGUUUGUCAUGUUUGCUCUGCAAGCAUUUCCACAUUUCUGGAGAGCCAAGUACACUUUGGAAAAGACUGCCCACCUGUACUUACUACAUAUAUAUCUUCAUCCGUGACAGUUGCAACCAAAGUCACACAGGGUGGGGUGCCUGCGGGCCAUUUGCAGUUAAUUAUAAGUUAUGGUCCUAUCCGUCAGUUUGUCAACACAAUCAUUUUAAUAAAGAGACGCAGGAUGCUAUUAGACUUGCUGGACUGCUUUAGUAUGGAUAUUUCAUGGUAACUAGUUGUGUAAUGUAAAUUAUCUUACCUAUAAAAGUAUAUUAAAUGAGGAUUUAACAACCACCCAGCUAAUUUUCUAACACUUCUCCCACAAUGUACAAUCCCUGCAAUGCGUUUCGUUAUUUAAGAAACUACAUUAAAGACACUCGAUAUUCCAAGCGGUGCACGACAAGUAAAUGCCAAAACAAGAUACGAUGAGUCUAGUUUGUGUGUGCUCAUGAGAAGGGGGUGGAACUGAAAACUACUGGGACUAACCUGACGGAGAUGUGAGUUAGUGGCAUUUAUUUCAGGCCUUUGACUGUGCUUUCUCUCCCUAGACAUCACUCUUUAUCCCCAACACCCACAAUCUCUGAAACAGCACAUACAGAUGAUGGGUUGCAAUAAUUCAUUUCCAUUAAGGAAAAGAAUUAAAAUUUAACAUGCAAAUUUUGCUUUAGAAAAAUAUGAGACAAAGGAUGGUUAUGUCUUGUCUUUUUUUUUCUCCUCAGUUAUUAUCAUAUUUUCUUAUUUCAGUUUUAACUUUAAUACCACUGACUAUUUCUGAGCUUCAGUUAUUUAUUUAAUAAGGAAAUACUACAUACAUAUCAGCUGGAAAGAGGGAGGAGGAGGGUGAAAGGGUCUGGGUUAUGAUGCCCUCUCUUGCAGCUUCAUCCCGCAUUCCCGUACUUAAUUGGAAGGGAGAGGCAAGGAGAGCGACAGUUCUGCAA